UGUGGCGGAGCGGCCCGGCGGCCCGGCAGCGGGGGGGCCCGCUCCGCCAAGCCCCGCUCCCCGCCCCGCUCCUCGCCCCUCUUCUCGCCCGCCGCCGGCGCUGAGCCCCCGCCGCAGCACCAUGCAUUCACUGGAGGAGCCGCUGGACCUCAAACUGAGCAUCUCCAAGCUGCGAGCCGCCCGGGAGAAGCGGGGUGCCCCGGCACCCGUCCCCGCGCUCCCCAGCGCCCGCACACCCCGCCGGCCGGGGAUGGCCAGGGAGGCGGCCGGGGGGGCCGCCGGGCCGGGCCGUCCCCCAGGCCUCCUGGCACACUCAAGGCUGGUGCAGCCACGGGACAGGCGCUUCGCCGCUGUGCCAGUGGUGGACCUCAGCCUCUCGCCACGCUCCGGUGCGGAGUCUCCAUCUGGCAGCGCCUCGCUCUCCCCCAAGCGCCAGGGCAGUGGGGACCUGCCCGGGCCCCUCACCCCCAUGUAAGUACACCUGUGUGCCCCCCCGAGUGACCCCAGGGAUGGGCAUUGUGCCGGACCUCGUCAGCACGCCCAGGGCUGCUGUGACACAGGCCCUCACUGUGU